GUGAAGGGACACUGGUUAUUUCCACCACCUCUCUCUUCUCACAGCUUAACCUGCGCCUUCCAAGACGGACUUGGACAUCGGGACUCGAGGCUGUACACUCACCCACCUUUGGUUUUGAACUCGUUUGAUCAAUCAGCAGACCCUGUGCUGGUGGUGGUUGAGAAGCGGGGGGUUUCUCGUUUCCCCCACCGUGGACUGAGGAGUUUUGUGUGUGUUUAUGUGUUUUACGCGUUGCUUGUAAUGAGGAAAAGUGGACUGAGAAGUGGAAUAGGACACGGGGGUUGCAGCUUGGUGAGGAUGUGCGCCACGCCGGGGAUCCUGGUUCUCCUUGUGCUCGCACACCGAGCAGUCGCCCAAGUGAGAGAUGAUGAUGAUUUCCUGAGUCUGAGCGAACUCCCGGAAACCUUCCCCUCCGACCCUCCGGAGCCUUUACCUCACUUCCUGUUUGAGCCCGAGGAAGGCUACAUUGUCAAGAAUAAACCUGUCAAUCUCUACUGCAAAGCAACGCCUGCCACACAGAUUUACUUCAAGUGCAACAGUGAGUGGGUCCACCAGAAAGACCACACUGUGGAGGAGAGAGUGGACGAAAACUCAGGUCUGGUGGUAAGAGAAGCCAGUAUAGAAAUUACCCGACAGCAGGUUGAGGAGCUGUUUGGUCCUGAAGAUUACUGGUGUCAGUGCGUGGCCUGGAGCUCCGCUGGAACAACCAAAAGCCGCAAGGCACACGUCCGCAUCGCAUAUCUGAAGAAGUCAUUCGAACAGGAACCCCUGGGAAAGGAAGUGUCUCUGGAGCAGGAAGUGCUGUUACAGUGUCGCCCUCCUGAGGGCAUACCAGCUGCUGAGGUGGAGUGGUUGAAGAAUGAAGAGAUAAUUGACCCAGCAGAGGACAGAAACUUCUACAUCACCAUCGACCACAAUCUGAUCAUCAAACAGGCGCGUCUGUCUGACACGGCCAACUACACAUGUGUGGCUAAGAACAUAGUGGCCAAAAGACGGAGCACCACAGCAACUGUCAUUGUUUAUGUGAACGGUGGUUGGUCGACAUGGACGGAGUGGUCAGUGUGUAACAGCCGUUGUGGAAGGGGCUUCCAGAAACGAACCCGGAGCUGCACAAACCCUGCCCCUCUCAACGGAGGACUGCCUUGUGAUGGACAGGCCAUACAAAAACUGCCCUGUACCACACUGUGCACCGUGGACGGUGUGUGGACAGAAUGGAGUAAGUGGUCGGCCUGUGGGACAGAGUGUACCCAGUGGAGGAGGAGGGAGUGCAACAACCCAGCACCUAAAAAUGGAGGAAAGGACUGCGAGGGGAUGGUUCUCCAGUCUCAGAACUGUACAGACGGUCUCUGUAUGCAAAGUUCAUUUUUUCAGAAGUCCUCUGAGCCCAAAGAAAAGAGUGAUUUGGGAAUCCCAUCUGCGCCGAGUACAGAUGAUGUGGCGCUGUACGUGGGCAUUGUCAUCGCAGUGAUUAUGUGCCUGGUCAUCUCUGUCAUCGUGGCGCUCUUUGUCUACCGCAAGACACACCGUGAUUUUGAUUCGGACAUCAUUGACACCUCAGCGUUAAAUGGAGGCUUCCAGUCUGUUAAUAUCAAAACAGCCAGAUCAGCUGAUCUACUGACAGCGCCUCCUGACUUGACAAAUGCGGCUGCCAUGUAUCGUGGUCCGGUUUAUGCCCUACACGACGUUUCAGAUAAAAUCCCAAUGACCAACUCUCCUCUCCUGGACCCUCUACCCAACUUGAAGAUCAAAGUCUACAACUCGUCUGGCCUUGUCACACCACAGGAUGACCUUGGAGGAGACUUCACAUCCAAACUGUCUCCUAAGGUAACUCAGUCCCUGUUGGAUAACAGCGAUACCAUAAAUCUUCGCAACCAGAGCUUGGCCCGAACACGAGACCCUUCCUGUACCGCUCACGGAUCCUUCAACAACCAGGGAGGACACCUCAUUGUACCCAACUCUGGCGUGAGUUUGUUGGUUCCAGCGGGUGCGGUUCCUCAGGGUAGGGUGUAUGAGAUGUAUGUGACUGUGCACAGGAAGGACAGCUUGAGACCCCCGGUAGAGGACAUCCAGACAGUGCUGAGCCCAGUGGUGAGUUGUGGACCUCCAGGAGCCCUGCUGACCAGACCAGUGAUCCUCACCAUCCACCACUGCGCUGACAACGUCCAGGAAGACUGGCUCAUACAGCUAAAGAACCAACUGGCCAUGGGAGAGUGGGAGGAUGUGGUUGUAGUGGGAGAGGAAAACUUCACUACCCCCUGCUAUGUGCAGAUGGACUCGGAGGCAUGUCACAUCCUAACAGAGACACUGGGGACUUACUGCCUGGUGGGCCAGUCAGUCUGUAAGGCAGCCGCCAAGAGGCUCAAACUGGCUGUUUUUGGACCCGUCUCCUGCACAACUUUGGACUAUCACAUCAGGGUCUAUUGUCUGGAUGACACACAGGAUGCACUCAAGGAGGUUCUUCAGAUGGAGACCCAAAUGGGAGGGAAGCUUCUGGAUGAGCCAAAGACUCUGAACUUUAAAGACAGCACACACAACCUGAGACUGUCGAUACACGACGUGCCACACACACACUGGAAGAGCAAACUCCUCGCAAAGUAUCAGGAGAUCCCGUUCUACCAGGUCUGGAGUGGCAGUCAGAGAACUCUUCAUUGUACCUUCACCCUGGAGAGACUGAGCUCAGCCACCACAGAGAUCAGCUGCAAACUGUGUGUGCGGCAGGUGGAAGGAGAAGGACAGAUCUUUCAGCUCAGCAACACACUGGAGGAGGAGCUCCAGUGCAUAGACACAUCCCUGAUGGACCCAGCCAGUAAUAUCACAACCUUAGUGGGGCCCAAUGCCUUCCGCAUUCCUUUAUCCAUCAGACAGAAGCUGUGUGGCAGUCUAGAUGCACCACAGACCAGAGGCAAUGACUGGAGGAUGCUGGCCCACAAACUCAACCUUGACAGGUACCUGAACUACUUUGCCACCAAGUCCAGUCCUACGGGUGUGAUCCUGGAUCUCUGGGAGGCCCAGCACUUCCCUGAUGGAGACCUAAAUGAAUUGGCUGCAGUGCUGGAAGAGAUGGGUCGCCAUGAUGGUAACCUCACCGCCAUGACAACAGAACACUGAUGAAGCAACGUGGUUGGAGACGAUUACACGUGAAUUCACUACGGUUGAUACUGCAGCAAGGGCAAUGAAAAGAAAUGUUGUCAAAAUGGUGAUUGAGCACCAAUUAAAAACCAUGGUAAUCGUGCCGACAUGGCAAUAGACAGAACAAGGAUGUGCUCGAGCUGGUGGUGGAACUAUGUGUGUAUCUUUGUGUGUUUAUUUGAGCAACGUUGCAGUGUCGUUUGUGACCUAAGGAGAGAUAACCCAACACAAACAGUGUCUAUCGGGAACAAACAAAACAUACACACACUUAAAAACAAAAAAAGACCAUGUCUAGUGUAACACUAGUUGUUCUCUUGCUGUUAUUGUAUACUGAACAAAGAGAAGCAGAGAAAAGAAAAAAUAAGCAACAGAGGUACUGACCUUGAAAACCUCUAUAGGAAUGGAACAGAAUCAUAAACGGAGAGAGAGGCUAAAGUGAUUACAAAAGAAUGGGAGAAGGUAGAGUGAGGAAAAUAAGAGAGGGUGACUUGGAGACAAGAAUCUUUAGUUAGACGAGAGUAAACACAGAGAGAAGCCAAACAAUUAAGGGAAGGAAGGGAAGAGAAGAUGUGAACAUAAAAUGAUGGAAGAGGACGUAUGUGAUCAUCUGUAACAGGAUGGAAAACAGAUAAUGAGAGAGGGGAGAGAACCCACUCUUCUUUUGUGAGCCUUGUGAGCUGUACAUGUUUGCCAGUACAGUUUGUUGUCUUUAUAUCGUUUCCUAGGGAACGCUCUAUGUAUUCUGCUGUCCAUAUGUGUGGAUCAUUUCCUGCUAACAGAAUUUGCUAAGCAGUGUCAAUCAAGGAUCCUGACCAGAAAUGAGCCCAAGACAACAGGUUUCCCUUUUUGGCUGAGUCACUAGAUUUUGUGCAUCACAGUCAUGGAUUUCCUCCAAAAUGUAUCAAUACAUUAAAUCAUGCAGGUCACAGGAAAUGUAGAAGUCAAAGGCAACUGAACUUUAUGUCCUGUAGUUUUUAACUUAUGACUCUAAUGUUCUUGAAGAAGCCAGUCCUAAAGACGAUUACACCCUUGAUGGAUGCAUGCAAAAAAUUAUUUUUUGUUUGCCAUUUAUAGUAGUGUACGGUUGUGACAGACUUAAGAAAUUGUCUGUUUUGAGGUAUAUAUAAGAUUGCACUUAUGAUAAACAGAUAAAUGAGACAAAGGUGCAGACUGUCAGCUAUUCAUUCUCAUGCAAAAUAUAGUACAGUACAUUAUACUAAGAAGCUUGCAUAAGCAAGCAGCAAAAACAUUUCAGCACCUAUUGGAGGUUUACCACAAGCCAUUGAAAUGAUGAUCUUCAAGCUACAAACGCAUCUCAGCCUAAAAUCAAGUAUUGACAUACUAUUUGCAGUAAUGCUGAUGAUUUAUUCCUCGCCAAAGAGGAGUCUUUUAGUGAUGCAGCAUGGUAGAAUGCCAGCCAUGGAUAUUGCAUUUGGUUAACCACAGAUCCAGGAGUCUCUUUGAUAGAUUGUUGGGGCUUGUUUCUGGACAGGGUCCAACUCAGAGAAAAGAGAGAGGAAGCAAAAAGGGAUGAACUCGAAAUGAAAACACAAUUGUUUUAACAACAAUAUAACAGUAAUAUACACAGUACCAUAGUAUUAUGUGCUAGUGAAUAAAAUAAAGCUGAUAUCAUUCAUUACCGCUAAAAGUACCCAAUAUACAGAUUUUAUCAAUCAUAUUUUCAUUUACUAAA